UGGCCGCCGAGUCCCGCCUCAGCCUGCAUUUGUCGCCCUCCCGCCGCGGCACCAUGUCCGGCUCCGGCAGGAAAGACUUCGACGUGAAGCACAUCCUGCGCCUCCGCUGGAAACUGUUCAGCCACCCCUCGCCGGCGGGGGGUCCGGCGGGGGGCAGCUGCCUGCCGCCCGAUAGCAGCUUCGAGCACUGGGGCCCCAGCCAGAGCCGCCUGCUUAAGAGCCAGGAGAGAGGCAAUAGCGUCUUCUGGAAGAAAUCCGCCUCCUCCGCUACCUCCUCGGCGGCCAGCAGGGCCAGCCCGCCCAACGGGACGCUCUUGCCCUCCGGCGGCCGACCAGGCGGAGGGCACGGGCUGGGACACGGACACGGGCCGGGGCCGCCACCGCGUACCAUCUUCUACGUGGAAUCCCUGGAGGAGGAGGCGGAGGCGGUGCCCGGCGGGAUGGAGGUAGCCCGGGAGCCCGAGAAACCCCUGGCACCACCGGAGCGGGAGGAGGCGCCGGGGGGCUGCGCGGAUGGAGGCAGCCGGGCAACAGGUGACGGAGACGGACACAGACUAUCAGGAGUCAGCCACCCCUUGUCACCCCACUGUGACAUGGAUUCGUGCAGCUCUGAGGAAUUCUACCAGGCUGUUCACCAUGCAGAACAAACCUUCAGAAAGAUGGAGAGCUACCUGAAGCAACAGCAGCUCUGUGACGUUAUCCUGAUUGCUGGGAAUCGCAAGAUACCUGCACACAGACUUGUCCUCAGUUCUGUCUCUGACUACUUUGCUGCCAUGUUUACAAGUGAUGUUUGUGAAGCCAAGCAAGAAGAGAUCAAAAUGGAAGGCAUAGACCCCAAUGCACUGUGGGACCUUGUUCAGUUUGCAUAUACAGGCUGCCUGGAAUUGAAAGAAGACACCAUUGAAAAUCUUCUAGCAGCUGCCUGCCUCCUUCAGCUCCCUCAAGUAGUAGAGGUUUGCUGCCAUUUUCUGAUGAAGCUUUUGCACCCAUCCAACUGUUUGGGAAUACGAGCAUUUGCUGAUGCACAAGGCUGCACAGAGCUUAUGAAGGUGGCUCACAAUUACACUAUGGAGAAUAUAAUGGAAGUUAUAAGAAAUCAAGAAUUUUUACUUCUGCCAGCUGAAGAGCUCCAUAAACUUCUUGCUAGCGAUGAUGUGAAUGUUCCUGAUGAAGAGACCAUUUUCCAUGCCUUAAUGAUGUGGGUGAAGUAUGAUAUGCAGAGGAGAUGCAAUGACUUAAGCAUGCUGCUUGCUUAUAUCAGAUUGCCACUGCUUCCACCUCAGAUAUUGGCUGACCUAGAAAACCAUGCGCUUUUUAAGGAUGACCUAGAAUGCCAGAAGCUUAUUCUGGAAGCCAUGAAAUACCAUCUUUUACCAGAGAGAAGAACUCUCAUGCAAAGUCCAAGAACUAAGCCUAGAAAAUCCACAGUUGGGACACUUUACGCUGUUGGAGGAAUGGAUAACAACAAAGGUGCUACAACUAUUGAAAAGUAUGAUCUCAGAACUAAUAUAUGGAUUCAAGCUGGAAUGAUGAAUGGAAGGAGGCUUCAGUUUGGUGUUGCUGUCAUCGAUGACAAACUCUUUGUCAUUGGAGGCCGGGAUGGCUUAAAGACAUUAAACACUGUUGAAUGUUACAAUCCAAAGACCAAGGCUUGGACCGUGUUACCACCAAUGUCAACACACAGACAUGGCUUAGGAGUUACAGUGCUUGAAGGGCCUAUUUAUGCAGUGGGAGGACAUGAUGGUUGGAGUUAUUUGAAUACAGUUGAGAGAUGGGAUCCUCAAAGUCAGCAGUGGACAUUUGUGGCAAGUAUGUCAAUUGCCAGAAGCACUGUUGGAGUAGCAGCAUUAAAUGGCAAGUUAUAUUCAGUUGGAGGUCGGGAUGGAAGUUCUUGUUUGAGUUCAAUGGAGUAUUAUGAUCCACACACAAAUAAAUGGAAUAUGUGUGCUCCUAUGUGUAAGAGAAGAGGUGGUGUAGGAGUGGCUACAUGUGAUGGCUUUCUUUAUGCAGUUGGAGGCCAUGAUGCUCCUGCUUCUAACCACUGUUCCCGGCUGCUGGACUAUGUAGAAAGGUAUGAUCCAAAAACUGAUACAUGGACAAUGGUGGCUCCACUGAGUAUGCCUCGAGAUGCUGUUGGUGUCUGUCUCCUUGGUGACAAAUUGUAUGCAGUAGGUGGCUAUGAUGGUCAGACAUACCUGAACACUAUGGAAGCGUAUGACCCUCAAACUAAUGAGUGGACACAGAUGGCUUCCCUAAAUAUUGGAAGAGCUGGUGCCUGUGUUGUGGUCAUCAAACAGCCAUGACUUUCCCAGCAUUGCUUAGGAUUUUACUGACUGUGAAAUGAUUAUUUUUCUAUCAGACAACGAGAACGGUAACUUGAUGGUUUACACAGCAAAUACUACGUUGAUCACAAACUUGAAGAAGUUUGGAAGUGAGAAAGAUUGUUUAUGCCCUAUAAAAUCAUGAGAACUGUUCUUGGUCAGUGAACAAGAGAAAGAAUCAGGCUGCUGUAGGCAUAAAUAUGUGAACGUGGAGUAUAUUAAGUUCAGAUACUGUUUUCAUGAAUGUGUCCUGGAGGACUGGAUAAUCAAGAGACAGCUCUACAGAAGGAGCAGGAGGGAAUACAAGAGUUUUCAUGGCCACAAGAAUUUUGACUGCAGAAAUAUUAAAGUAACUUUGAUCUGUUUUAAACUGUGUAUUUUAAAAGGGAAAAAUCAACAGUACUAUGAAUUCUUUCCAUUCAGGUCUUGUUAUCAAAUGGGCUAUUGCCAUCUCAUUUAAACAGGCAGCUUGGCUCUUACUGAAGGGCAGAGGUAGAAAAGUCUGGAUAUUCAAGUUUUAUUCAUAAGGACUCAGCCAUUGGUCUACCAUGGUAAGCAAAACAAACCUAAAAGUAAAUCUCCAAUAUAACUUUAAAAAAAUAUUCAGUUUGUACCUCCUUGACAGUGUUAAUGCAUCUUAUAAGUUAGGGAAGCCUGCACGUUUAAUUACACACAAAGCAAUGCUUCAGUUGUUCUGGUGUGUCUAAAGAACAGUUUCCUAAGCUCCUUAAUCUUGUAAGAUUAAGUUUAAGCAUGUGGGUUCUGGUCUCAUUGUUUAAUGCAUCUUCUGCAUGUUGGAAGCUCAUGAAAAGUUGGAAAAUUGUCACUGUUCCAUCACUACUACAUAUAAGAAAUGAACCAUGACCAAAACAGAGUCUCUUAACAUUUCAAAAGAGAUAAAAAUACUACAUUUUAUUUAGUUCUUACUCUCAUACCAAUUAGCCUGAUUAUAGCUGCCAAUUUAUGACUUACCCUUUAUGACAGAAUAACUGCAAAUAGAAAAUUAAGAGUAAAUGCAAAUGAAAUAAGGAAAAUCAGACCAUUUGAUUUAAUAAAAUUCAUAUGGCAACUAUACUAAUGUCAUCUGUGCUUCUCUUUAGGGUUGAUCAUUUUUGGCAGUAAUGAUACUUUGAGCUUUUGCCUUGGCAGUAGAUUUGACAUUGAUGCUUUCUAUCUGGUCAGCUAAAUCAGUUAGAAUCCUAAAGUCACUAACGGAAUAUGAAAUUCUGCUGCUAAGGAAGACACAGGCUCUAGGAGUAGGACUUUUGCUUUACUUUUUAUUUAAAGCCCUGCUGAUACUUUAGGAAACUUUGCAUAGUUCAAAAGCUGAAACCUCACAGUCCUCUGUCUCUAGCAAUUUUGAGAAGGAAUUCUGUCUGUAGUUAGAAGUUUUCCCUGUGGAAACAUCUGAAACAACUUGAGGUGAAAAAAUACAUACAAUCUCCUACUUGUGAUGUUGCCUUGUGUCUUUCCUUCUAACAUCACCAGCAUAUGUGGAGAAUUUUGUUUCCUAACCUAGGUAUACAUCUUUAAAUAUUUGAAAUGCUUCUCUGUCCUAAUUAGAAAUCAUCUGCAAAAUCUUCAAUGUUAACUACCAUAGUCAGCUAAAUUAGUCAUUUGGCUUUUGAAUUGCAAUUAGUGUUCCAGAGACAAGCAUGUUCAUUUUUCCCCAACAACUUGUUGAAUAAAAGAUGUUACCUCUCUACAAUCUUUGCUUCACAUAAACUUAACCUUUUGAGACCAAACCAAGAAGUUUCAGGCAUUAUAUCUGAAAAUAAAUAAAGACAUUAGAAUUCAGUUCACCUACACAGAUGCCUAAUGGACUUAGAAAUUGAAUUUUAAUUGUAUUCAUUAUGUUCUGGAGUUUCUUAUAAACAGAAUUUAGGUUUAGUUUUUGUUUCAGGAUGUAUUCAAAUCAAAAUGGUUGCCCAGGGUGGUUGUGGCUGCUUCCUCCCUGGAGGUGUUUAAGGCCAGGUUGGAUGAGGCCUUGAGCAACCUGCUCUAGUGGGAGGUGUCCCUGCCUACAGCAGAGGGGUUGGAGCUGGAUGAUCCUUGAGGUCCCUUCCAACCUUGACCAGUCUAUUCUAAAACAGUAAAAUAACAAAACAAACCUCAGAAAUGUAAGAAGAAUAUUAGGGAAUUUUGUUACUUGUGAGAAGACAUUCCUCAAGGGGACUAUAUUUCAUUCCCAACAAAAGCAGUUUGAUUUUAGGGAAAUAACUUUGCAACUGAUCUACUGGCUUGUAGAUUGAAAUACCAUUUGAAAGCAGUAAUUUUUUAUGUUAUUUCUUGUAAAA